UCUAACCCAAAUGCAAUUCUUGUAUUCCUCACUCUGUCUCUCUGUCUCUUCUUAAUUUGGUAAACCACUUUGGUUUACCAGAAAAGCAGCAAAGCAAAGAAGAGUGAAAACAAGAAAAGAAAGAGGAGACUCUUUUUUUCUUGAUUUUACACACCAACCCACUCUCUAUUUUCACCUUCCAGUCCUCAACCCAACCUCCUAAAUCCAACAUAAUUCAAUACCCAGAACACCCACAUUGCCAUUUUUAUCAAUUGAGAAAACCCCAAAAAGGAAAAAAUCAGGAAUUCAAAGAUUAAAGAUUGAAUUUUUAUUUUCUAGGCAAAAAAAGUUAUGAAGAAAUCUCCAUCUUUUUCUUUUUCUUGUUCCUCUUCUUCUUCCUCAUCUUCAUGCAUUGAGCAAAUCCAUGAAGAAACAGAGAAGCAAAAGCUGAAACCAAAGCCAAAAUCAAAACCCAGAGCUAAACGUGCUACUAGAGCCAAGAAAAUUGUAAAUGCUGAUUCUCCUAAUUCUUCUACUGCUAGAAGAAGCUCAAUUUACAGAGGUGUAACCAGGCAUAGAUGGACAGGAAGAUAUGAAGCUCACCUAUGGGACAAGAGUACUUGGAAUAGCAUUCAGAAUAAGAGAGGACGACAAAUUUAUUUGGGAGCUUAUGAUAGUGAGGAAGCUGCUGCCCGAACUUAUGAUCUUGCGGCCCUUAAGUACUGGGGACCCACUACUACACUUAAUUUUCCGAUCGAAACGUAUAGCAAAGAGCUUGAAGAAAUGCAGAGGCUAUCAAAGGAAGAGUACUUGGCUUCAUUACGGCGACUGAGCAGUGGAUUUUCUAGGGGUGUUUCCAAAUAUCGUGGCGUCGCAAGGCACCACCAUAAUGGUCGAUGGGAAGCACGAAUUGGACGAGUCUUUGGAAAUAAGUACCUCUAUUUGGGAACUUACAGCACUCAAGAGGAAGCAGCUGCAGCAUAUGAUUUGGCAGCAAUUGAGUUCAGAGGGCCUAAUGCAGUCACCAACUUCGACAUCAGCACAUACGCAGACAAGUUGAAAAAAUUCCGCGAACCAGAGCUGGUACCAAAGGAGGAAAAAACAGAAUCAUCUGCUGAAGUGCAAUCAAAUGAGGUGUCAGAACAACAACAGCCAGUUCAACAACAAGAAGAAAACCAACAGAAGUUUCACCAAGAAGAGCAAGAAGAAUUAGCAGUGGAACCAAUAGUAGUACCAAAGUUAGAGUUCACGCCUUCGCUUGAUUCUGAUGAAGUGACUCAACCAAAAGUUCUGAAGUUGGAGUUUGCUCCUUCAGUUGAGUCUGCUGAUAAAAUAAAGGCGAAGGAUCACGAGGAGGAAGAUGACAACCCGUGGAACAUGUACUUGGAUGAUACAUUUGAUUCCUUCCCGGUUUCCGACUUCUCUCUUGACAAACCAUCCGACUUGAUGGAUUUUUUCAACGAUACCGGCUUUGACAACAACAUUGACUUCAAUUUCUAUGAGCAAUCAAGUGAGAAUGAGUUCAACCUGGAUGUAUUCUCCGACAGCAUGAUCAUCGACAUGAUUGAAGCUAAGGAGGAAGCAAUGAUGAAUCCAUCGAAUUCGCCUACUUCAUCCUCAUCCGUGUCAAGAACCACAUCCAUUUCUAGCGACACGAAAGAUGUUGGAGGUUUGGACUAAAGGUUCAGUUUUGUGUCGAAAUGAAACUUAAGUUUGAUAGGAAACCUUCCUCCUAGCUAGUUUUAGAUGCCCUUUUCCUUUCCUAGAUAUAGGGACACAAGCAGAAGGCCUUGUGACUGUGUUUUAAUUAGUUUCUUCUCCAAAACGAACUACUGCAGUUUAGCUAUAAUGUUGCUUAACAAGUUUUUGAAGGGUGAAUCUAUGUUCCCUUUUUUGGUUUCA